GGGUUGUGAGAUUCGCUGCUUCUGCCUGUUACAGAUCGGUUGUGAUCGGAGCCAGAGCCUCGUGGACAUCUGUCGAGAGCGGCACUUCCAGGCCUUCCUCUGCGACGCGCUGGCCGUGCCCAUCCGCGGCGGGGCCUGUGAUGCCUGCGUCUCCAUUGCUGUUAUUCACCAUUUUGCAACAGCGGAGCGCAGAGUAGCCGCUCUCCAAGAACUCGUUCGACUCCUGAGACCUGGCGGGAAGGCGCUCGUUUAUGUCUGGGCAAUGGAACAAGAAUAUAAUAAGAAGAAAUCCAAGUAUCUUAGAGAAAACAGAAUGAGCCAGGGGAAGGAGGAGGAGGUCAGCAGCGAUACGCCAGGCCCAGAGUUGCUUGUGGAGCAAGUGCCUGACACAGGCCAUAAGGAGCCAGCCUGUCGAAUGCCCUCCGUCAGUGUCUUCCAGGAGGGAGGGCGGAAUUCAAGGGAAGUUACUAAUUCCAAGCUCCCCGUUCACACUAAUAGGACUUCUUUUCAUUCUCAAGACGUACUGGUUCCCUGGCACCUUAAGGGCAACCCUGGGAAAGACAAACCUGCUGAGCCGUUUGGUCCGGGAGGAUCCCAUGACCCAAGUCCUGUGUUUCAUCGUUUCUACCACGUGUUCCGUGAGGGGGAGCUGGAAGCCGCCUGCCAGACUCUGAGUAACGUCCGCGUCCUGCGAAGCUACUACGAUCAGGGGAACUGGUGUGUGAUUCUUGAGAAGGUCUGACGUCUCUGAACAUACACACCGGAAAGAAAGGCUCAGCUUUAUUUUUUAAAGGACUCUAAAUUUACUGUCUUUUUAAAGAGAAAAUGUGUGGGAAAGAAUCAAAGAAAGGAGAACGCCUGAGAGAAAAUUGGAAGUAGAGAUUAGUUAGGACACAUUUGGGCUACUAGUAUGGCCAUUUUAUCCAUAAAUGUGGGAACGGUUCUCUUAAAUAGGGAGGCAUAGGGAGGCAUAGGGAUGGAUUUUAAAAGUGACUGAAGUAGUUUGUGAAGUUUUUGGGGUCCCAGGGUAAGAAUGCAGCAUUCUGAAGACAAAGUUUUGGUAUUAAGGUUACUCAGCGAACUAAAUCAUGUAGAAUCUUAGUGAUGCAAUCAUACAACAUUUUAAUAAACAAGUAUUUCUGGACAGUAGAGAAUUGUCUGAAGACUUUGACUCUUAGCUCUGUAAAGUCACAGACGAUAACCUCUCCCCCCUCACCGUCCUAACGCAGGCUUGACACGUAGUAGGUGCUCAGUAGAAUUUCAGCCCAUCAGAUCGUUCACCCCACAAAUACUUACAGAACCCCUACUAUGUAUUUAAGUACUGUGAGUGGAGCUGUGAACAAGAGUGAAAGCUCCUGCCCUCCUGGAACUUCCGUUGUGGAAGAAGGACAGCCGGUAUGCAAAUGAAAUUGAUCCAAUGUGCCAGGUAGUGAGAAGUGAAACAGGACUUGGAGGUUUUCCCCGGGAACAAAGGAUCAUUAACAAAGGGCUGCGGUAACCACGAAUCCUGACUGUAGUUGGUUACCGAGAAUUAGUUGGUAUUCCUGAUGUAUUGACCAGGUGUUAAAGGCAACCCCAGUGGGCUCUUAGAACUCCUUUGUUUAAGUAGCAAAAGUUAGAAUGGUCGGUCAGACUUAAUUAUGGCCUCACAGCCACAGCUGUGUUGUCACUACCGGGUGUCUCCAGUUCCUUCAUGGUUUGUACCAGUCUGGGCAAGGUCAGCAGUUUUUGCCUCCAAAUACUUCACACUCAGUCAACUUACCACUCAGGUCAAGUUUCCAGGAAGAACAAAGGUAGAAAGUCAACCGUAGCUCAAAUGAUCUCGCAAAAGGAAAGUACUUUUUAAAACAUGCAUUGCUUUUAUAGCAGUUAUGCUUAAGACUACUUCAAGAAAAAUUGCUUCCUGUGAACAAUAACGCCCAGACAAUUGUGUCUGUUGUUAUUGUUGAGAUGUUUAUUUUCCAGCGUCAAGCUUCCUGAAACUGGCCGUGAUGAGACGACAAUUAUUUUUGUCACAGAAUCUUCACUGCAAGAUUAUAACUGUUCCCUCCAGAUGAAUGUAUAAGGUUCAUGAUAUGAAAAGACAAAUUAUGGGGCUAAAAAAAAGCAGUUUUAUUCUGACAGAAAUUCUAGAACUUCACAUUGCAAUGUGAAGCUCAGCUCCUGCUAAUAACUUUUAAAAUCUAGAUGAAAUGGGCGAUUUUCAAGGAGGAUGCAAAUACAUGAACUCAAGAAGAGGCAGAAAAUGGAAGGUGUUGAAAAAGCCGCAUAGGAAUUCAGAACUUGGCUCUUGAUUCAGACUGGAAAUUGAAUUCUCGAUCUGCCAUUAGUUUUAGCUGGAGACUCUGGACAAACUCCCUCCCUUGUCUGUGCUCCAGUUUUCUCAGCUGUAGUGCUGGAGGAGUUGUUCUGCAAUUAGCUGGGAUAACAGCUCUCAGAGCAGUGCAAGAAUAGAGUGUGUGUGCGUGAAACAUGUUUAUUAUCAUUAGUCCUAGAGAAAGCCCUCAAGAGUUUCAGGAAUUGAAUGACAUCAAAUCUAAUUUGUUAAUUGUGUAUUAAAAACCUAUGGUUUUACUGA